AUGGUGAUUCAGCUCCACGAUGACGUGAUGACGCAAGUAACGGACAAUGAAGCUGCCUCAGAAGUAUUCGCAGUGACCAACGGAGUGAAAGAGGGCUGCGUCCUCGCGCAUAUCCUUUUCAGUCUCAUGUUUCAAGACAUGCUGAUGGACGCCUACCAUGACGAACAUCCCGAGAUCCACGUCGCUUACAGGACGGACGGCCACCUCCUAAAUCAGCGACGGAUGCACUUCCAGUUACUUGUAUCCAUAACCACCGUCCACAAACUUCACUUCUCAGACAACUGCGCCCACAACGCCACCUCGGAACAUGCAAAGGAACAUGGAUCUCUUCUCUGCUGUAUGCGAGUACUUCGGCCUGAUUAUCAACAUGGAGAAGACUGUAGUCAUACACUAACCGCCACUCAACACUGCCAACAAUGUACCGCAAAUCAGCGCGAAUGGAACCCACUCGCAAGUCAACUAAGCCUUCGGUCGUCCGCAAAAUACCGUCUGGAACCGUCACGGCUUCUGUUUCAGCAUCACGCCGAAGAUGUACAAGGCAGCCAUCCUGCCGACGUCGCUGUAUGUAGCGGAGACCUGGACGGUGAACAAGAAGCAGGUGCGAAGGCUCAGUCAUUUCCAUCUCAGCUGUCUUCGACGGAUACUGAAUCGGAGAUGGCAGGACCGGGUCCCGGACACGGAUGUACUGGAUUGAACGGGAAUACUCAGCAUUUACGCUAUGUUGAGACAACUCCAACUGCGUUAGAGCGGCACCUCGUGCGGAUGAACGAUGAGCGGCUUCCCAAACGUCUCUUCUACGGAGAUGUCAACACGAGUUCCUGGCGUCAAGGAGGUCAAGUCCGCCACUCCAAGGGUACUUUGAAGACUUCCCGGAAGCGUCUGCAGGUAAAAUCGGUCGACUGGAGAGAUCUGGUCCGGGACCAUACGACCUGGAGGAGGACAAUGAAGGCAGGCGCACCGAUCUAUGAAGCCAACCGCAUCAUUGCCGCCAAAGCCGAACGCGAGGCUCAAAAAUCUCAACUGCGCAUACCCCCUAACGCCAACGUUUAA